CGGAGCGCUCCGGGCGCGGGGUCCUCCAGCCGCAGGCAGCGGUGCGGCGGUCCCUGAGCUGCAGGGGGGACGCUCAGGCCGCGGUGAGCCUCGGUGGCUGUGCUGGGCGCUCGGUGGGGACUGAGUCCCGCACGGCGGGCAGCAGUGAGCCCCGUUACGCGCCGCUCUGAACUUGUGCUUAGCACCUCUUCUUUACGGGGCGGAGGUAAAAAGCAGCUGAGCUGAAGUAAGCGAAGUCCAGUUAAAGCUGUUUGGAUUGACGAGUGGUACAGCAGAGCUAAUAGCUCUCAGAAGCCGAAGCUGCUGUUUUUUAGCUGCUGGACACCAGUGUAAAGCACGGUGAUGAAACCUGUGUGGAAAACCUACUCUGUGAGGUGACAGCAGUCUUUUAUCAGGGUGCUGUUUGGCUGCUGGCUCGGGAUGUAACUGCAGUUCCAGGUGGCUGAAAGCGUGACUUCACAAAGUACAAGAGGCCUUCCGUACACAGAGUUUGAUAGCCUGUCGUUCCCAUGUGUGAGCGUAUUUCAAAACCCAAUUCUCUUUAUCAGCACAAGGCAAAGCGCUGGAAAGAGAUGAUCCCUCUGAGCUCUUGAUGUUUCUUCUGGUGGGGGCUCCAAAAGCAAACACCUCCCAGAGCAAUGUGGUAGAAGGGGGUCAGGUGCUGCAAUGUAACUGGAAUUCCAACAGGAACUGCCAGCCCAUCAUCUUCGACUCCACAGGAAACAGAGAUUUUGCUCCUGAUGAUCCACUGGAAUUUAAGUCUCAUCAGUGGUUUGGAGCAUCUGUGAGAUCCAAAAAUGAUAAAAUUCUGGCUUGUGCCCCAUUGUAUCACUGGAGAACUGAAACAAAACAAGAGCGAGAGCCUGUGGGGACUUGUUACCUGUUUGAUGGAUCUAAAUCUGUGGAAUAUGCACCCUGCAGGUCGACUACCAUUGAUGCAGAUGGGCAAGGAUUUUGCCAAGGUGGAUUUAGUAUUGACUUCACAAAGGGAGACAGAGUCCUGCUUGGAGGACCUGGCAGUUUUUACUGGCAAGGCCAGCUCAUUUCUGAUCGAGUGGCAGAGAUUUUGGCUAAAUAUGACUCCAAAGUCUACAGUACAAAAUAUGACGACCAGUUAGCAACCAGACCUGCUAGUGCUGCUUUUGAUGACAGCUACUUGGGUUAUUCUGUGGCUGUUGGAGACUUCAGUGGUGAUGGCAUAGAAGACUUUGUAUCAGGAGUCCCAAGAGCAGCAAGAACUCUAGGCAUGGUGUCUAUCUACAAUGGGAAAAACAUGUCUUCCAUGUACAACUUCACUGGAGAGCAGAUGGCUGCUUAUUUUGGCUAUUCAGUGGCUACUACAGACAUUAAUGGGGACGAUUACACAGAUUUGUUUAUUGGAGCCCCCCUUUUUAUGGAUCGAGGUUCUGAUGGGAAACUUCAAGAGGUCGGCCAAGUUUCCAUUUGUCUUCAAAGAGCUUCUGGAGGGUUUCAGAUUGCAAAGCUGAAUGGUUUUGAGAUAUUUGCAAGAUUCGGCAGUGCUAUUGCACCUCUGGGUGAUCUAGACCAGGAUGGCUUUAAUGAUAUUGCAGUAGCUGCACCGUACGGUGGAGAGGACAAGAGAGGACUUGUCUAUAUCUACAAUGGAAGAGCAACUGGUUUGAAUGCAGUCCCAUCACAAAUUCUUGAAGGGCAGUGGGCUGCUCGUACUAUGCCACCCAGCUUUGGGUACUCGCUGAAAGGAGCCACAGACGUGGACAAAAAUGGAUAUCCAGACUUGAUUGUUGGAGCCUUUGGUGUUGAUACAGCUGUUUUGUAUAGGGCCAGACCAGUUAUUAGAGUGAAUGCUGCCCUUGAAGUUAAUCCAACCAUUCUAAACCCAGAAAACAAAGCUUGUUCACUGGCAGAUGUAAAAGUUUCAUGCUUCAAAGUAAAGUUCUGCUUAAAAGCAGAUGGCAAAGGAAAGCUCCCUAGUUCUCUCAAUUUUCAAGUGGAGCUGCUGUUGGAUAAACUGAAGCAAAAAGGAGCUAUAAGGAGAGCUCUCUUUCUCCACAGCAAACAGCCUAGCCACUCCAAGAACAUGACUAUUACAAAGGGAGGCAAAAUGAAUUGUGAAGAACUUGAUGCUUUUCUGAGGGAUGAAUCUGAAUUUAGAGACAAAUUAACUCCCAUUACAAUUUUUAUGGAAUAUCGUCUUGAUUACAAAACAGCUGUAGAUGCAACAGGAUUGCAUCCUAUCCUCAACCAGUUCAUCCCUGCUAAUAUGAGCAGACAGGCACACAUUCUGCUGGAUUGUGGUGAGGAUAAUAUCUGCAAACCAAAGCUGGAGGUUUCAGUAAGAAGUGAUCAGAAGAAGAUCUACAUUGGUGAUGACAAUCCCUUAACACUGAUUGUCACUGCUGAGAAUCAAGGGGAAGGAGCCUAUGAAGCAGAGCUCUUUGUCAUUGUUCCGCCUCAAGCAGAUUUCAUUGGUGUUGUUCGGAAUAACGAGGCUCUAGCAAGACUGUCGUGUGCAUUUAAAACUGAGAAUCAAACUCGCAUGGUGGUUUGUGACCUGGGAAAUCCCAUGAAAGCAGGAACUAAGCUAUUAGCUGGCCUGCGUUUCAGUGUGCACCAGCAAUCCGAAAUGGAUACCUCUGUGAAGUUUGACUUGCAGAUCCGAAGUUCCAAUCUGUUUGACAAUCUAAGUCCUGUAGCAUUCUAUCAGGUUGACCUUGCCAUUUCAGCAGCUGUUGAAAUUAGAGGCGUGUCAUCUCCUGAUCACAUAUUCCUUCCUAUUGCAAAUUGGCAGCCCAAGGAGAAUCCUGAAACAGAAGAUGAUAUAGGGCCUCUAGUUCAGCAUAUCUAUGAGCUGAGAAACAAUGGCCCAAGUGCUUUCAGCAAGGUGAUGAUGACUCUGCAGUGGCCUUACAAAUACAAAAACUAUACACUCUUGUAUAUUGUUCAAUAUGACAUUGAUGGUCCCAUGAACUGCACUUCUGAUAUGGAGAUCAAUCCACUGAAAAUUAAGAUUUCUGCUCCUAAAGAGGAUGAAAAGAAUGAAACGUUUAGCAGGGAAGAUAACCGCAAUCAUCGUAUCAGUCGGAGAGAUUUAACUGCCAUUGAAGGAGACGUGCAAACCUUGGGCUGUGGAAAUGCUGAUUGUUUAAAGAUAGUCUGCCAAGUUGGCCACCUGGAGAGGGGGAAGAGUGCAAUAUUGUAUUUAAAGUCAAGACUUUGGACCCAAACUUUCAUGAAUAAAGAAAAUCAGAAUCACUCCUAUUCCCUUCAAUCAUCUGCUUCGUUCAAUGUAAUAGAGUUCCCUUACAAGAACCUUUCUUUUGAAGAUAUUCACAAUUCUACAGUGGUUACUACAAAUAUUACAUGGGGCAUUCAACCACAGCCUAUGCCUGUGCCAGUGUGGGUUAUAAUUUUAGCUGUCCUAGCAGGAUUAUUGCUCUUGGCUGUUCUAGUGCUCGUUAUGUACAGGAUGGGCUUUUUCAAACGUGUGAGACCACCUCAAGAAGAACAAGAAAGAGAACAGCUGCAGCCACAUGAAAAUGGGGAAGGUACAUCAGAAGCUUAAGCAGAGUUUUAUCUGUAAGACAUUCUAAAACUUAAAAAUGCCUACAUCUUAGUUACAAAUACAGGCUUCCCCCUUAAGGACAAAAACACUCAUGACUGCAAGGAUGAUGGUGUCAGGAGAUAUCAGCACAUACAUAAAUAAGAGCAAUAUAUUUAAAUCCUCAUUUUUGUAUUAAUCAUGUCCAUACAUGUGACUAACACGUCUGCACUGAUCUGUGUGUGAAAACCGUUAAGUAAAAUGUAGUGCUAUGAGUUUGCUUAUUGGGAUGUAGGAGACAUGUUUUUAACAGACCGACUUUAUAUGAGCUACUACAGACUCUUCACACAGCUGAACCCAACAGCUUCCAUAGAUACUUGAAAGAUUACAUUUUGUUUCUAUAGAUACUUGUUUUUGUACACUACAGUUUGUUUCCCAGCUCUUGAAAGCUAGUUGCACAAAAAUGAUCACGGCUUGUUUUACAAAACUCAACAAUAUUCCUUGACUCAUUAACUCUGCUGGGGAUUUCCCUCUUGCUCAAAAAACCACAAAAAAGAUUCUUCAGUGGACUCACAGAUGUGAUACCUGUUGUGCACUCUCUCCUGUCUAGUCGUUUGUCUUGAGUUAUCCUCUAAAUGUUACAGAUACUGUUCUCCAGGCCUGAGAUACGUUAUGAGAGGGGUAGAGCCUACACCAUGGGAGGGGUAGAGGGCUGGAGAUGAUCUACUUGCUAUAUGGGACCUAGCGAAAAUAUUAAGGACAAGAUCCAAAGACUGUGCUAUGUAUUUCUAUGCAGCAAGAUCCAUUUGUCCCAAAGUGUCUUGGCAGCAUGGUGCCUUUUAGGAAUGACCAGGGACAAGAUCUUGGACUGUGGCUGCCCACAGACAUGUCUGAUGAGAAAACCUUUCUCCAAAGAUCAAACCUCCACAGGGUUUGGAGUCUGAGUGUGUAUGUUACUUGGGCUGAGUUAAAGUUUCUGGCAAAGCAAUGGACGUUGGUUACCUGAGUGACAGUUUACCUGAUGCGCCCUGGAGAAGAUGUUAAUAAUUCUCACAUUCCAUAGUUGACUACAUCCAAGUGCAGGAUAUAGUGAUAACAGGGAUGGUUUAAACUACACUGUGUAUCAGCCAAAUAUAUCUAGAUUACAUCAGUACUUUAGCCUCACUUUCACCUACCCUAAUAGAGUAGUGAGCUUGUCAAAUGAAGCAGAGUAUAGCUGGCAAAGUGAAAAGGUUUUAAAAGAGAAGGUUGAGUUGGCUUGUUCCAGUUCAUUCAUUCAUCGUACAUUUGAUUGCACAAAAGAUAUUUAAUUAUGUUCAAUACAUUUCAUUGCCAGAAGAGAGACUAUUUCAUAUCACUGCUGGUUUAUACACAUACAAAAAUGUGAGUGGGUUCAAGCCAUUGGUUUUUGCUAUUCUUAGCUUAAUUCUCUCAUUAUUGGUCUACUAAAGUGAAACCUCAUAUACGUAUGAGAGCACACAAAAUAUCUGUAUGCAUUUCAGUAAGUAAGUGCAAAUUAAGCAGGUAUUUAGCACACAUGUAGCUGUGCUGCACAAAGCUUAGAGUGGACAUACUUAAACUGGUAGAAAGAUGCCUUAAAUGAGAUUUGUUUAUUCUCUACUCUGAAAAAGAAUGCAGCCACAUACAGAAAGAAACAUUCCUACUCUAAUUAUCCUGAUGUGGUUUCUGUGUGUGUAUUUAAAAAAAAAAAAAAAAGGUUGGCAGAGGGACAAAAACUUGUUUUGUAAUCUGUGGUAUUCAUUCACAUCUGCAUCUCUUCCAUAAAUGCUGCAAUGUCCAGUAAAGCCAGAAUUACCUGAAAUGAACAGUUUGAUUUGACUCUCAUUUCUGCCUCCUUUCUGAGAUACAAUCCACAAAUGGCUUUCUUUGUUAAGUCCAUUUUUAGUCACUAGACCAUGAUGGCGUUUGAGUCAUUAAGGGAGACAGCAAGAAGGCUGUGAGGGCCAGUUUGUAUAUCACAUCAUGGCUUGUAUAUUUUUCCAUGUAUAUGUUUUUAUUUUAAACUAGUUUAGAUAUAAUUAGUUUGAGACAAUAUAGGGCAAAAUUCUGUUUUCACUGAAUUUUUCAGGUCUUUCUUGUGACCAAAGUCAUUCUUUUGCGUUUGCUUCUAGCAUUGUUACUAGUAAUAUAGUAAGGAAUUGGGAGUCAGGCUUUGAUCCUGGCCUCAGAAUGUGACUUUUAUAAAACACAACCGUAGUUACUUACACAGGCUUCUAUUUCUCACACCUCAUCAAUUUACUAUCUGUGCAAGAAGAUUGUUUUUAAUCUUAGUAGGUUAAGAGGUUUAAGGGACUGCCAGACAGACCAAUAGCUCUAAUUCUUGUGUGUUUUUUCCUUACGUGUACAUACCAGGUUGACUUGAAAUUUAGUAGACUACUUGCAUAUCUAGGCACUAUAAGGAGAUGAGGAGGAAAAAAAAACCACAAAAAAAAAAAAACAUGGUCAAGAUAUCUUCAGCUGACAUGGAAGGGAUUUUGUAGCCCUGUUUAUGUCAGUGCUAACUAUGUCUUAAUUUCACUGUGGCAACUGGAAAAUCAUUUUACUGUUCUUCAAAAUAAAGAGGUACAUUUUGUUGGUACAUCUACUGUAGCUAUGGAAAGUUUCUUCUGUUUACUGAAGUUACAUAAAAGACUUAUUUAAAUGAUUUUUAUUUUGACAUACUAUCUGAGAAUAAAUGCAAACAGUUACUUCUCCCACAUCCACUAAUUUCCAAUCUGAUUGGUUAAAGAAAGAAAAGUAACAACAUAAGUGGAGCACACAGGUAUCUUGGUGAACAUAAAUGGUCAUAAGAUCCCAAAUUCACUUUAAAGUGACAUUAUUCUUUUAGGAGGGUUCUGAACACAACACUUUUCUGAAGGGAUGUACAAGCAGUCUUUGGUUUUGCAUUUUAGUUUUGGUAGUACAAUUAAAGAAAAUAUAUGUAUAUGCACUUGUGUCACUAUAAAUUUUAUAGUGGCGUACAGGCAUUGAUGUAUUCUUAUAGCACAUAUUUUAGAGAGAUGUUAAAACUUUUAAAUUAACUUUAAAAAAGUAUUUUGGAAUGAAAUGAAUGCCCUUGAGUCAAAACUAAUGCAAAUAAGAUACAUACUGCAAGCAUUAAAAAAAAAAAAAGCCAACACAAAUACAGUAUCAGAUAAUUGACUUGGCCUUCCUUAAGAGAGAGUUAUGUUUCAGAAGCAUAAUUUUUAUGUAUAUAAUAUCAGCAAUUAUGUUAGCCAAUGAAAAUGUUUUCAAGUGCUAUAUCUUUAUAAUGAAAUAUGAAAUUCUGUAUCUGUUCUAGUUUACAAUUAUUGCACCAUCUCAUGAUACAUAACAGAGGGUGAUUUAUAUUUAAAGUGCAUACUGUCUGGUAUAACAUUUGACAGUAUUGAGGAAAUGUAAAGAGAAGAAUGUAAUUGAUAGGUCGUUUCUUUCAAGAAACACUACCAAAUUGAGAUAGCUUUCGUUUAAAGAUGACUGCUUAUUGUUCUAAAUUUUGAUCUACAUGAUUCAUGCAAUGCUUAUGAAACUCUCAGAAAGUUUAUUAUACAUGUACUUUUUAAAAACACAUUUAUUCCAAGUGAAGGCUUCAAUGUUCAUAUGUUUCUAAAUUUGUGCCUGCGGUUAAGUAGUCAUUUAGCUGAACUCUUGUGGGUAUUUAAAAAAUAUUUUAGCUGUAAUCAGCAUGUUCUUGGUCCUUCAAAGGAUUCACGUUGCACUUCAAUGUACUGCAACACUGAGCUCUGCUGAUGGUUACCCAUAGGCCCUGCAGUAUUUUUCCUGUACUGUCCCAAAUAGUCAACAACGGAUCAAGAUUACACUGGUGAAAAUCCAGUUAGUUUUUUUUGGUCUGUGUUAAGGCCUAUUCCACAGUCCAAUGAAGUAACACAAAACCUGACAUUCACCUUUCAAUUAUACUCUUGGAGUUAAAUGUUAUUGACAGUUAAUGAGGAAGAAAAAAUAAAGGAAUUUAUGAAAUGAAAAUGGAAGUCCAGUAUAAAAAGUAAUUGGCAAAGCACAGAUGAGCGUUACAGUAAAGGGAGAGCUUUUUGUUUGCUUACUUGAGUGAUGGGAUGAACCCAUAAGUAGUGGCAGUGGCCUUUUAUUACAAACAAAUGGCACACGUUGGAGCAUGAUUCCAUGCUGACCUCUGCUGAUUCUCACUGAUGGGAGAGGGAUCUGAGCUCUUUGGUACCGAAUCUCUAGCUUCUAAUUCCCAAGUGCAAUAUAACAUGAUCGGAACUAGUUCACUGCCAAGUUGUCUGGUUUCCUUUGUCUAGGAAGGGAUGUAGCAUUUGUUGACUUGCAGUGGUCAAUAUUUUGAAGAACUUUAACAAAACUAGUGUGAUGAAAUGACACGAUAAAUGAAUGGUGUAGCAAGAUGUUGAUCACUCACGUUGGGUGAAACAAGAUGUAUAUUCUAAACUGUAUCCAUUACUAACUGUUGAAUUAUUGAGAAUUGGUACAAUAUUCUUUAAGCCCACUGUUGAAAACAUGACUAGAGACUGUAAAAUAAUGGGUUUGAGUCUGUAGUGCUACUGCUAUUUCAUAGAAAGUUGGUCAUUUUUUUUUCCAUUGUGUAGAAGUUUUAAAUAAUAACCCGAGGAACUUAGCAUUACACGCAGUGACCUCUCCAGAUACACUUCAUUAAGAUUGAGUAACUUGACCUUUGGCUUUUGUAAAGUAAAUGAAGAACUGAUGUAGCAUUUCAAACUCUUCAAAAACAUCUUCAAAAGAUGGUUUCAGGUUUAGGUGGCCCUUUCUAGUCCAGGAAGGCAACUGGUAUUUGCUAUGAUAUAAAUAUGUUGAAAAUGUAACGUUGUAUUUCUUGGUAAUAGAAUUUUUGAAUUGAUUUUUUGCUCGUGCAUUAAAUCAUUAUAGCAUUGUUUGCACAGGCAGAAAAUUAACAUACUAAUGAGACUGCUGCGUUUUGGGUUUCUUAGUUAUGUAGUAAAUAUUUGUAAUGAAUGGGAAUAUUUUCAGUAACUAUGAACUUGUUUCCAAGGCCUUCGGUACAUUUAAAGAGAGCAAUAUACAUUUGAAGUCACCUUAUUUUUAUUAAGUUAUAAACCUUGCAAAAAAUGUGGGUAUUAUAGCACAGUAAUUUUGUACUGAUAUCAAAAAAUAGCUAUUAAGCUAUGGUUUACUUUUCAAUGCAUUCUUUUCAUCUUAAUUGAAAAUUGAUUUUAUUAGGUUGUAUUUUUCUAUAUGUGUAUUCAAUUUCAAAAUAUUGUUGGAUAACCUGUUUGAAAAAAUGUAUUUUGAGUUGAUUUUGAUGUUAAGAAUUUUGGAAUAAAAUACCUCUUAACUAA